AUCACCUCACGUAUGUUACUAAGAAACCUCCCACACUUAAUCACAAGUUCACAACUAUCUUCCUCCUUCCUCCAAACCUUAGGUUUUCUAAACCUGCGUUUAAGUUUUCAGCUUUCACACACACACACAAUCUCUCUCCUAAACAUCCACCACCACCACCACCACCACAACAACAACAAUGCGAAUCUCACCGCAUCUCCGUCGUCUCCUCCUCCUCCGCCACCUCUCAUCACCACCACACCACCUUCCAUCUCCAUCUCUCACCUCUCUAAAACCCCAUUUCUCAACCCUCACUAAACCCUACAACCUCCCCAUUUUUCUCUCUCCUCUUCUCCGAUCUUUCUCCUCCAACCCUUCUAAUCCCACUCAAGACAAUUACCAAACUGCCCUUUCUCUCUCCUCUGAACUCCUAACUCUCUCUGAAACCCCCGACUCUCUCUCCCUCUCACAACGCCUUGACCUUUCUUUCUCUCACAUCACUCUCUCUCCUAAUCUUAUUCUUCAAACCCUCAAUAAUUCACCUCAUGCUGCUCGUUCUGCUUUUGAUUUCUUCAAAUGGGUUUCCUCUAAAUCCCCUCAAUUUCAGCUCACUGAUGAGGUACUGUCUUUUUUCGUUGAUUAUUUUGGUCGUAGGAAGGAUUUUAAGAUAAUUCAUGAUGUACUUGUUGGAGGUAAUGGUGUAAUUGGUUUCAAAACGUUUGCUUCGUCGAUCGACCGUCUCGUUCGAGCCGGUCGAGCGACGCAAGCUGUGUCAUUUUUCGAUAGGAUGGAGAAAGAUUACGGCAUUGUUAGGGAUAGAGAAAAGUUUAAUUAUAUUGUUAGUAAGCUUUGUGAACAUGGAUAUGCUAAUUAUGCUGAGAAGUUAGUUAAGAAUGUUGCUAAUGAGUUUUUCCCUGAUGAGUAUGUUUGUGAUGUGUUGAUUAGAGGGUGGUGUGUUGAUGGAAAGCUUGAGGAGGCUAGGAGAUUAGCUAGGGAGAUGUAUAGAGGUGGGUUUGAGCUGGGUACCGUCGCGUUUAAUUCGAUUCUUGAUUGUAUUUGUAAGCUUUGUAGGAAGAAGGAUCCUUCUAGGCUUCAGGCUGAGGCUCAGACUGUUUUGGUGGAUAUGGAUGCGGCUGGUGUGCCGCGGAAUACUGAGACAUUUAAUGUGUUGUUAUCGAAUUUGUGUAAGAUUCGUAAGACGGAGGAUGCUGUGAAGUUGUUUUCUAGGAUGGGUGAGUGGGGGUGUCAUCCUGAUGCUACCACUUUUCUUGUACUCAUUAGGAGUUUGUAUCAGGCGGGGAGGGUUGGGGAGGGAGAUGAGAUGAUUGAUAGGAUGAGAUCGGCGGGGUAUGGGGAUGCUCUUGAUAAGAAGGCUUAUUAUGGGUUUUUGAAGAUUCUUUGUGGAAUUGAGAGAAUUGAGCAUGCUUCGAGUGUGUUUGCUAAGAUGAAAGCGGAUGGCUGUAAACCGGGGGUUAAGACUUAUGACCUAUUGAUUGGAAAGUGGUAUGCUCAUGGCCGUGUUGAGAAAGCAAAAGCUCUUUCUAGUGAAGCUGUCCGUAAUAAUGUCCCAAUAGAAGCUAAGGAGUACAAGUUGGAUACUAGAUUCAUGAAGAAGCCCAAGGUUGUGAAGAAAGGGAAAAAGAGGCUCACAUUGCCUGAGAAGACGGUGCUGAAGAGGAAGACUCUCAGGAAGCAUAAUUUGAGUUUCGUUAAAAAGCCAAGAAAAACAAUGCAGCGGAUGUAUUAAUCUCGAUUUCAAUGGCUGGAAUUUACCUGGUACUACACCUCAUUGGCUAUUGCCUCUCGACUCGUCCUACCAAUAGCAAACAAGAUGCUGUAAAUGUACUAUGGACAUGCCACAGGGAGGUGAUAACUGAUCCGUGGUCGAGCAUCAUCAACACUCAUGUCAGAUGGUAUCCAGCCCAAUGGUACACAAGGAUUAUCACAACAUAUAUGUUUUCUUAGAGCGUUUUCGUUUUAGACAAUCACGGUAGGACCGUAGGUUAUAACUGUGACUCUGUGAGGGCCCUUUAUCGUAAGGUACAAAUCUUACUGGAUUAUCUGCAAUGUCUCACAUUCUUAUAUUUCCUAAAUUAUGGUGAGGCUUUCAUGAUAUAGAAUGGUUUUCGGUGGAAUUUUUCUUCCAUAAUAAGACAGCCUGUUGUUCAUUUUGAUUAUUCUGUCAUGAAAGAGGACAAAAACUUUAAUACAAUAAUCUUUUUGGUUUGCUAAA